AUGAAGCUCACCAGCAUCGUCGCAUUCCUUGGCCUCAGUGCCUCCUCCUUAGCAGCACGCACUCUAUCCGUCAGCUACGACACCGGCUAUGACCAAGCAGGACGGAGCCUCAACGUCGUCGCUUGCUCAGACGGCGUCAACGGUCUGGAGACCCGCUACGGCUGGAGCACUCAAGGACAGAUCCCUACAUUUCCCCGCAUUGGUGGGAGCGUUGACAUUGCUGGCUGGAACUCUGCUCAGUGCGGACAGUGCUACAAGGUCACCUACAAGAGCAAGAGCAUCUUCAUUCUCGCCAUCGACCAUACCGACACUGGUCUCAACAUCGGCCAGCAGGCGAUGAACACGUUAACAAACGGCCAGGCGGUCCAGCUUGGACGUGUGAAUGCUCAGGUGAUGAAGGUGGGAGUGGGAAAAUGUGGUCUGACUCCAAAGCGGGAGAUCGAGUUCAUGGCAUGA